UGGAGCCAUAUGACAGCUAUAUUUUUAUAAUCUGUUAAUUGUCUAGUGUAUAGUGAAAGUUAAGCGUCUUUUUGUGUAUAAAAAUAUCAAUAAACUGUUAUAUUUUAACAUCGUUUUUAAAUUUGAUGAUAUGGUGAAUACGCGCCGUAAGGAAUCGAAUGGUUCACCAUCGGGACCGACACACAGGACAAGGGGAAGCCUUCGUUUGAUUAAACAAGAACCGGUGGAAGAAAGCGAAUCGUCUAGCGUUAAUGAAAGCGAUUCAGAUGAUAGCGACGAUAAAGAUUCGUCUUGUAAUAUCGAAGAAGAAACUAAACCCUCCGUAAAAACGGCAACAACCCCUUUACCGCCCAGACAACUGAGAAGCAAAUUCGGUUAUACGAAUAAAUACAGUCAGCGUCCGUUAAGAAACGACCACAAACGAAUAUCCCUAGAUGAAAGAACUUUAACUGUCUAUUCGCGUGGAAUGCACGAUGAUUCCGACGUAUACGAACAAGAUCACGACACAGACGACGAAAUAUACACAGUGAGGGGUCGUAGAACAAGACAUCUCGUCCGAAUGAACCGAAUACAGAGACGGACAGCUUUAUCUCUUCGACCGAUAAGUCAAAAGUGUUACGCCGAUCCCCAUUCGCCUUUACAAUUCAAUUCCGACAGCGAAAGUAGAGUUAGAAGAAGUACGAGGAAAAGACCUUCAAAUAUGUCGUGGUUGGACGAUAGCCAGAUGCACAAAGUCGGUUACCCAAAUUUAAACACGGGUUAUUCGGAGGAGGAUAGUAGGGACGCCGGGGAAGCUCACAACGACAUGGAAUUACCCCGCAAGAACCCCAGGAAGAACAGCGAUAUCAGAUUGAGACACAACAUUAAACCCCCGAAGUAUCUGUUCGAUUAUGGGGUGGAAGAAGCGCCCAGGAGACUGAGGAGGGCGAUACAAAAAGAUGAAAUCAACCAGGAGAGGACGUCCAAUGACAAGGAAAACAAAAAGGAAGAUAACGUUGCAGAUAAUAAAUUGAAUGGUAGAUUGAGGAGCUCGAAAAAUUUGAGUUACGUCGAGGAGAAGGACACUUCCCCAGAGGAGGAAUCGGAGGAGAAGAUCACCGAAUCGAAGGAAAACGCGAAAACUGAGAAACCAAUUAAGGAUGUUAAGAAGGAUCAGUCUUCAGGUAGCGAUGGAGAGGAGGAAGCCAAGAGACGGGAGGAAUUGCCGGUUACUAGACUUCGACCGACGACGAGGAAUAGGAGAAAUUAUCCGACGAGAUCAGAUCAGACCGGAAGGUCGCAGAAACAGAGGAAUAUGAUCGAUACGAGCUCGGAAUCGGAAGAGGAAGGUAGAAAGUAUUCGUUGAGAGACAGGAGAACCAAACCGGCGCCGAAAACAAUGCAACAAUCGGUUUUGAAAACUAGGACGAGACGUUUCACGAGAAGGACCCAAGAAUCGUCCAGUUCCAGUGAUUCGUCCUCAGAAAUUUGUCGUAAAGCUCCGAAAACGGCGCACCAUUCCAAAAACGAAAAAAUGAAAUCAGGCGCCGGAGGUAGUACGAAAAUAGUACCGAUCAAACCGGAAACACUAGACAACAGCAUAAGGUUCAACAGUAUAGGGGGUCUGGACGCCCAUAUACAGUGUCUGAAAGAAAUGAUCCUGCUACCGAUGAUGUAUCCCGAAGUGUUUAGACAGUUCUGCAUACAACCGCCGAGGGGGGUGUUAUUCCACGGUCCUCCCGGUACCGGAAAAACCCUCAUAGCGAGAGCGUUGGCGAACGAAUGCAGUUUCGGUACGAGGAAAGUUUCGUUUUUCCUGAGGAAAGGCGCCGAUCUGCUCAGCAAAUGGAUAGGGGAAUCUGAGAAGAUGCUGAGGCAGUUGUUCGAACAAGCAGCCGAAAUGAAACCUUCGAUUAUAUUUUUCGACGAAUUGGACGGUUUGGCGCCGGUUAGGUCUUCGAGACAGGAUCAAAUACACGCCAGUAUCGUUUCGACUCUGUUGGCUCUGAUGGACGGUCUGUCUGAUCGAGGUGAGGUGAUCGUGAUCGGGGCUACGAAUCGAAUAGACGCUAUCGAUCCGGCUUUAAGGAGGCCCGGUAGAUUCGAUAGGGAGUUGUUGUUUACGUUGCCAUCGAAAGACGAAAGAAAAGAAAUUUUGUGCGUCCAUACCUCAUCUUGGAAACAUCCCCCCAACAACCAAUUAUUGGAAUAUCUCUCCGAACACACUGUAGGUUACUGCGGUUCUGACCUAAGGGCACUGUGCUCGGAAGCUGUGAUACAAAGUUUCCGUAGAACUUAUCCGCAAGUUUAUAAUUCGGAGUAUCGGUUGUUGCUGGAACCGGAAACUGUCAAGGUGGAAAAAGUGGAUUUCAUGAGGGCGAAAUCUCUGUUGAUUCCGGCGUCCCAUCGCGUAACUCAAGGUUUAGGUAGGAAAUUGUUUCCGAUAUUGGAGCCCCUUUUGCAAGAGACCAUUAAGGAAUCGUUGGAGAGGCUGCGACGAACGUUCCCGCACGGUCUGAGUACUUCUUUGGCGAAAGUGAAAUUAUCACCAAACAUGCGUCCCGCUCAAUUACUCAUAACCGGAAGGCACGGUCAAACUACGCAUGUCGCCCCCGAUAUUUUAUACAAAAUGGAGCACAUCCACGCCUACAUAUUAAAUUUGGUUAUGCUGUACCAAGAUACCGGAAGAUCCACCGAAGAAGCUUGCAUCAAGGUAUUCAUCGAAGCUAAAAGGAACGUACCGAGUAUAAUCUACAUACCGAACAUAGAUAAAUGGUGGUGUCUGGUAUCGGAAACCGUUAGGGCCAUAUUCAAAUCUCAAUUAACAUCUUUAGAUCCAAAUGUUCCGAUACUGUUAUUAGCGACGGCCGACAGUUUAUACGAAAAUCUACCGACGGAAAUACAAAAUUUGUUUUCCUAUUACCGCAAAGAGGUUUUGGAAUUGAAACCGCCGAGCGUAGAAUCGAGACGUCAAUUUUUCAAGCCUCUCAUCGUCGACGGUUCCCUUAAACCGGUGAAGAAAGCUCGCGAAUUACCUAGGACGCCGCCGCCUCUUCCUAGAGCGCCGACGCCGCCGCCGCUGCCCCUCAACGAGGAGCAAUCGAAGAAAUUGCACGACGAAGAGGAACACACUCUUAGGGAGUUGAGGAUAUUUUUGAGAGAUAUGUGUAAGAAGUUGGCCAAUAAUAAAUUAUUUUUCAUGUUCACCAAACCGGUAGAUACCGAAGAAGUACCUGACUAUACCAACAUCAUAAAACAACCCAUGGACUUGGAAACCAUGAUGACCAAAGUCGAUUUCCAUCGCUACGAGUGCGCCAGCGAUUUUUUAAACGACAUCGAACUAAUAUGCCGAAACGCCCUGGAAUACAACCCUGCGAGAACAUCGGCGGAUAAACAGAUCCGGCACAGGGCGUGCUCUUUACGCGACUACGCCUACACAUUAAUAAAAACCGAAAUGGAUACGGACUUCGAGGAAAAAUGCAUCGCCAUAUCGAGGAAAAGACGCGAAAGGAAACACUGCCCCACCAAAUAUCUACCUCCUUAUAUUUACACACCCGAAUUAUUAAACGAGACGUUGCCCAACGGGGAGAACGAAGAAGAAAACGGAAAAAUCGAAGAAAAAUCCGAUAACAAAAACGUCAACAGGAAAAGGAAGAGGUUCCGGUGGCAGAGGGGGCGACUGCUGAAAACUAAAAAGAGGAAAUUCAUCGAUAAUCCGAACGUUCAAAACGGGGAUAAAGAAACGUCCGAAGAAUCCAACGAUGAAGCCGAUGAAAAAUCUUGUCGAAUCGGCGAUAAGGACGACGAUAAAGUUGAAGGUAAAGAAAAUUCGGUAGUAGAACCGACAACGCCGCUCACCGUUAACUGUGAUAUUCAAAAUAAUAAAACGGAUACUUCGAAUGUUUUACAAUCCCCUCGUAGGAGACUGAGUGAUAUCUUGAGCCCUUCCGAAUUAUUAGAUAAUCCCUUAGAUUUCGACGACGUAGACGAAGCUUUGAACGAAUCAGCGAUCGAUAGUAUAACGUCGACGUCGAAACCGAUCGAAUGUUCCGAAAUCGAGUUGGAAAAGGCGUUAGAAACCGCCGUAAGGAUAACGGAAGGACUAUCUUUGGUGUCUUUAUUGGAUUUGUACAAUCACUUGAGUACGGUGGUGAAAAAAUUCUCAAGGACAAAUAUAAGGACGAAUUUACCGAAGGAAUUGCUGAAGGAGCUAGCUAGGUUCAAGAGGGAGUGCGCCGUAGAUUUUAAAACACAGAAUAAAUUUAAUUCCUAAUUUUUUUUAUAUAUAUACAUAUUUAUAUAUAUUUUUUUUAAUUUAUGUUUCACUUUUUUUUGUAUUAAAAUCAAUCGCGGUAACGCGUGAAUUUAUAUAUUUAUUUGUUUUCUUCGUGUAAAAUAUACCGCCAAAGAUCGUUUUUCACUGCCACGAAUUUUCAGUUCCAGGAUAUUUUGUAUAUAGUGCCUUUUUUUCAAUUGAAACCGUUUAUUGUACAAAAAAAUUUUCAUCCGCAAUUUUGAUUAUUGUAUUGAUUCUUAUUAAAGUUGUGGAUUAUACAAUC